AUGUUUGUGGUAAAAGCCUUAAUAAAAUAGAGAAUUUUGAGUAGUCUUUAACAAUAGAAAUUAAGCGCUUCAAAAUUUAUAGGGCUUCACAAUUAAGUUUCAGUUCUUUCAUACUUUUCUUCCUUAAAAAAAAAGAGUUCUAGCUUAGAGGAAAAAGUAGAUGCUUUGGGAGUUGAAGAUGAUUAUAAUAAUGAUGAUUUCGAAAUUCUUAAGAUGAGUACUCAAAAAAAUAGUAUUGAAGAUUUAUAAAAUUAAAUUUUUCUUUAGGAAUAUCAGAGCUGGAUGUAAGGUGAACAAGAAUUGUAUUAAGAAUUGAGAAAUCUAAAAUAUGAAAUAUUUUAAGAGUUGACUAAUUAAGAUAUUUAAAACCAUAUUGGAAUAGUUGAAAGUAGAAAUUAAGGAAUUGAUUCAAAUAUAGUUGUGAUGUAGGUAGAUUAAAAACAGUUAACUAAAUAUUUGAAUGAGGCUAAUUCUUUUUUGCACAAUCAAAACUACCAAAAAGCUUUAGAAUUUUACUUUAUGUGUGUGUUAAAUGAUAGCGAAGGAUUUUGCUAGUAAAAUAAAAUAUUUAGGUAGAUUGGUAUUGUAUAUUCAUCACUCAAAGAUAGUGAAAAAGCAAUUAAAUAUUUUCACAAAUAACUAGAUGGAGAAAGAGAUAAAAAAGGAACAAACAGUGAUAAAUCUUGGUUAAAAGAUAUUCACACAUCCUUUCUUCUACUAGCUAAAGAGUAUGAAUAAAUCAAUAAAUUUUAAAAAGCAUGCAAAUUCUAUGAUCUAUGCUUGAAAAUUGAAUAUGAUCAAGAAAUGUGUCUCCAUUAUGCUUCAAUUCUAUUUAAUAAACAACGCAACUACAAAAGAUCAAUUAAACUUUUUGAGAAAAUAUUUUCACAAAAUUCCAAUUAUAUUUAUUAAUUCGGUAUCGUUUAUGAAUAUUUAACAAGUCUAAUUAUUAUAAGGUAGUACUUAAAAACUUAUACUAUUUUAGAAGGCAAAAUAGAUUUAUCAAAAUAUACAUUCGAUGCAAUUAACUAUAAAGGCACUUAAAUUAAUUAAUAAGAUAUCAUAAAAGAUUGGAGAAUUCUUUUUAUUUACAGACUAGCCUAAAUGCAUAGUAAAGCUAAUCUAAAUUUUUAUUUAACGUUCUUUUUUUAAACCCUCUAUGAAGUACUUACUACUGAUCUUUAUAUUAAAAAUAUAAAGAAUCUAGAAUAAUAUUCUGAACUAAAUUAGCUAAAAUAAUCUUCAAAUACAUUUUAUUAAUAUCAUUUUGAAAUCGAUCACAUAGAACUGCUAGAUAGUUUAGUUAAUGUCAUACCAUAGGUAAAGCACAAAUAUCUCCAAAAUGAAAUUAAAUCAAUUAACAAAAUUGAAAUAGAAAAACUUAAAGAAAUGAUUAAGCUAUAAAAUGACAAAUAAAAUAAUGAAUUUUUAUAAGAAAUAAUUUGUUUUAAUAGAGCAAAAAAUUAUCCUGAUAACACUUAACUUUCAAUAAAAAGAAUUGAUUUGUAUAUUUCUUUAUUUCCUUAUCUUAAAUAAAUGCUGAGGUUCUUUUUCUCUUAUUUUCAUAAAAUAAAUCGCAUACCAGAAGCAGAAUAUUUUAUCUUAUAUGAGUUUAAGAUCAACAAAAAUGACCUAUCAACUUUGCAAAUUUGUAAGACUCUGUACAAAAAAGAAAACACAAAGCUCUACACUAGUUUAUUAAUAUAAUUUUAUGAAGCAAAUAAAUAAGAAUUACCUAUAGAUGCAACAGGUCUUUUACUUGAAAUUUACGUAAAUUGUAAAACAAUUAAAUAAUAUGAAUAAGCAGCUAAUUACUUACACACUUGUCUUACCUCAAAAUAAAAUACUUUAAAUUUAGAAGCUAAAAGAAAACUUAUAGUUUAAGCUGCUUACAUUUUCUAUUAUUUAGGGAAAGAAGACCUCUUUUUUUCAUAUUACAAUUAAAUCAAUAACAUCAGUUAAUAUGUUUAGCUAAAAAUUUUUUAUUAUUCAACGAUAAAAGACUAUUAACAAGUAAAAUCCAUAAUUGAAAAAAAUUAUCUAAAUAAAAAAAAUAAUUAAAUUGGUAGCUUCCUCAUACUCGAAUAUUACACAAUCGCUAUAUUAAAGUUAGGCCUUUAUUAAAAUCUCGAUAUUAUUUAUAAGAAAUUAAAGCAAGCUACUAUGCUUUAAAAAACUAUAAACUACAAUUAUAUUUUAUACUCAAAAAUUUUAUUUGCUAAUAAAUAAUAUAAGUAUGUUAUUUCAUUUCUAGACUUGAAUAUGGAAAAUUUAAUUAACUCAUUGGGCAACUAAAACAGUGAUGAUAUAUGCUUAAUUAAUUUUUAUCUUUCACUUUCCUACUUUUUUUUGAAACAAUAUGACUAAGCUCUAAAAGUUUCUGAAACAUUUAUUGCAUUAUACAAUACAAAAAAUCCUGAUGUACCAGAAAGAUUUAAACAGAUGUACAAGGACUUAAUUAUUGUUUAAAUUAUAAGCCACGCUAAAAAAUAGUAAAUUUCUGUUGCCUAAAAUCUGAUAAAAUAACAUUUUAAUGAGCUUGAAUUUUCAGAAAUCAAUUUAAGAUCUGAUUAAUUAGCAGUAACUGUAGCUGAGUUAGAAUAUGUAAUGUUAAAAAAAGAAAUAGAUUGCUUAAGUACUUUAAAUAAAGAAAUGGAAGUCUAUGAAAAUGAAUUAAGAAAAUUUGUAAACUUAUCAGACAAUGUUUGA